CUGUGUGUGUUGCGCUUUUACUGGCCUCCGCAUCGGCUACUAAUGUUAAGCAAUGCAAAAAUGGUCAGCCGUUCCCACUUGGUGUUGAUAUCGAGAGCUGUGACCAGCUACCAUGUAAUGUUGUCAAAGGCGGAAGAGCGUUAAUGAAAGUCAACUUUGUGGGCACGCGCGAUAAUAUUAAGCAAAUAAGAGCCGUUGUACAUGCCACCGCCUUGGGCAUCACGGUGCCCUAUGAAUUGCCCGAAGAGGUGGCCGAUGUUUGCCGCAACUUAUUGUAUGGCGCUUCUUGUCCCAUCGACAAGUCCGAGGAUGUGAGCUAUAAUUUCAUUUUUGACGUUGAUUCCUCAUAUCCGGAAAUCAGCGUGAAGGUGCAACUGAAUUUAGUUGACGAAAACGACGAAUCUGUUGCCUGUUUCAUUACCGAUAUAAAGGUACAGAAGGCAUAGGAAACUUUGUCAUUGGAAGAUUUUGUUGAAAAUGAGGUACCGAGUUUGAGAUGUAUAUACAUAUAUGUAUCUAAAAUUAAUGUUAUUGCAUAAUAAAAAAGAACUGUGUAAGU